CGUUUCAUCCAAUCACGGCUUCUUUUGAUCUUGAACGUCAGAGCUUCGCUUCCAUUUCCAUCAUACGAGAUUCAAGCAACGCCUGAACACCACAACUGAAGUCGGCCUUCAACGUCAACCCACCCUCGAGACCCAUAUCGAACCUGCGAAACGAAACAAUGGCAUCCUUCAUUGCUCGCAGAGCUUUCUCUACAACCGCCCGCCGGCUUGGGUCGAGCGAGGAUGCCCUGAGGCAGGAGUCCAAGCGCAACCCCGAGAUCAUGAUCCUCGGUGGUGUUAUGGUAGCCGCAUUGGCUGGCGCCGGUUUUUACUUCGGGCGAUCUCCCACAACAUCAACAUCCGAGUCGGCCGUUUCCAUUUCCAAGGCUGGCAUGCCCUGGGAGACCGACGGUGCCGAGGGCAAAUACAAAUACCACCCUCAGGGCGACGUCAACGCGGCUCCCAAGGAUGCCCCGAGUGCUAUCAACGUCGUCGUGGUCCCGGAUGUCAACCUUCCCAAGAAUCUUCAUGACAAGUACAACAAAUGGGGCAAGGAUGGCUACUAGACUCUAGGACGAGACAAAAUGGCGAAGGGGGAUUGGAACCGAGAUUUGGAUGGCUCUGUAGAUAGACUGGUUUACCAUCUGGGGACUUGUUGGGACCUGUAUAACUCGAAGAGACUUUUGUGAGACCCCCGUGCACCAUUUGCGUUGUGCAUGUUCUCUCAACGAAACCCCUCUGCCAGGCAAGCACCAUAUCUCUACCGGCUUGUCAACACCUGCCGAGAGUUUUCGACACGUUUUAGUGGUUUCCGAAUAUCCC